AGUGUAGAGGCUACUCAGGGGUGUAAAAGACCUGAAGCCCAGAGAACGAAGAGGUCUGGCUGAAAAGACUGUCAAAAGAGAUCUCCCCUGGGACUGAAAGGUAGCAUGGCUUGCUAUGGGAAGUGUGUUGGAGUUCCUCUGUUUGUCUUGUCUUUGAUAAUUCAGAAUGUGCAUUCUUAUCCAGAUGGAGACAUGACACAAGGUUGUCAUGAGUGUAAACUCAAAGAGAACAAAUACUUCUCUAAGCCAGGGGCUCCGAUUUUCCAGUGUGUGGGCUGCUGCUUUUCAAGAGCUUAUCCCACUCCUUUGAGAUCCAAGAAGACUAUGCUGGUUCCCAAGAACAUUACUUCAGAGGCAACAUGCUGUGUAGCGAAGGAUUUCAAAAGGGUUAACCUCGUUGAAAAUUCCAACCUGAAGUUGGAGAACCACACAGACUGUCACUGCAGCACCUGCUACUACCAUAAAUCCUAAAAAUGUUCCCACGAGCAGCGAAUUAUCAGAAUCAAAAACCAUAAAGAGCAAU